AUGUUCGUACCUACUCAAGAAUUCCUAGAAGAUGGUGCAUCAUGCAUCCAAAUGAACUUUUCUAAUGCUUUCAUUCCUAACGAGUUGAUUAGCAGCAUGAUGCCAGACGUGAUAUCUUAUGGCAAAGCUGUGAUUCAGAAUUGUCGUUCUGAUUACGUUUUUCAAAGUCCUAAGUUGCGUUUAUUCACUUUAGUUUUGGAUAUUUUCGUUCAAUGUUUGUACGAUGAGCGUGAUAAUAACAUCAUCAACAUGAUCAUGGGCGAGUCUGUGAGAGAGGUACACAUGGUUCCUGCAUCAAUGACUGCCAUUGAAACCAUCAAGAAAGUGAAGCUAGAAGAAAGUUCUAUGGUUGACCAGUGUAGUAUUUGUCUAAUCGAGUUUGAUAAAGACAUGGAGGUUUCGAUGAUGCCAUGCAAGCAUGUUUAUCAUCAAGAAUGCCUCAUCAAGUGGCUGAAAACGAGUCAUACGUGCCCUCUAUGUCGAUACUCUAUGCCUACUUCAUGA